UUGCUCUUGUGCCAGAGACAGGUCUUCAGAUAAAACCUUCGCCUGAAGAAAAAAGAAAAGAAAGAAGAAAUGAGCGAAGAAAAUGGAAGAAAAACACGGAAAAGCACAUGCUGACAGCAAAUGACACAACAGCACAUCUGACAUCAGGCGACUCGUAYAAAGCAAGACAACAGCGGAGAUUGACACAGUGCUUUGAGACACCAGAGCAGGCUAAAUCAAGGGUCAGCAAAAUAUCCCCACAGAGACAAAAUAGAUCACACACUCCAGCUUUAGAAAACAUUACAGGUGAUAUUGAACAACUGCUUAAUGAUGCAAAGUCUUGGCCAAAAGGGCCUAUCAAUUGGUCAGAAAUAGCGAGGCAGUACAACAUAAAACAUAAAAACAAAGAAGGUUGCCCCCCAAAUGCAGGGCAAAUAAUGAAAAAGCUUUUGGAAAAUUCAAAAGACAUUAAUAUUACUGACUUUGAAAAUCCAGAUGAUCAUACAAAAGAAUUCAAAAUACGCCGGGCACUUAAAAAACAAACUGGGGGUGAAAUCAGUUUUCCUGUUGCAAGAACAAAUGACCAGAUCAGGACAGGCAUCAAAAAKUUCAUUGCUGAUGGAACAUAUGAUGUUGGGGUACCUGUUGUUGAGAAAAGAGAAACUAAAUUAGCACUUAACAAUCAAGGGGAAGUGGUCCACAAGUAUACAAGUGUUUCAGCUAGAAAGAUCCCACUCAGACAAAUUAGAACUGAGGCUCUUACAAGGAAUAAUGAUCUGCUUAGAGUAAAGGAUGAUAACUUUUAUGAAUCCUUAACAAAAGAACAGCUAAAAAAGGAGCUUGAACGAAUACAUGAGACAUCAAGUGACAGCAUUGUUGAAAUGAGGGACAAACUAAAGGAUUUUCAGCGUAAAAGGCAUUGGUUAAUAUGGCAUGAUCACUCAACCUUGGCAAAUCAUGGUCAUAUGUUGUUUUGCUUAAGAGAAUUAUAUGAUCCAAAAGAGCUGGAAACAUUUUGGGAGAAGUGCAAAGAUGAGAAGAUCAAGAUGCCUGCAACUUUGUUGACAGAUGAUAAAGGAAAGCUCAAGAUCUCAGAGUUAUGUUGUCCUGAUGUACAACCCGAUUGCGCUGAAGUUGAAGCUGAUGCUGAAGAUGAUAGUAUAUCAAAUGAGGAAAUAAGCCAGGAAAUUGAGAAGGAACAACUGGAAGACAUAAGUGAUGAUCCACAGCCAACAAUAGUUGAAGUUGAAGAGUACAUUGUGACAGAUGAACAAGAGAACAAUGAGGAUAUUGAGGGUGACAUGGCAAUUGAUGAAGAAGGAAACAAUAUUGAUGAUAUCA